GCUCAAUCUGGACGAACAACAAUUUCGAUCGCUCACAGACUUUCAACUAUAAAGAAUGUCGAUCGUAUCUACGUAUUUGACAGCGGCCGAAUAGUAGAAGAUGGGAAGCAUGACGAGCUGAUGAAGAAGAAUGGACUUUAUUCGGAACUGGUAAGAGCUCAAGAAAUUGAGCAGCGAGAGGAGGCUGUAAGCGACGAAGAAACUGGUUUCACCUCUUUUGGUGCUACUGAUGAACAUCACGUGACUAUGAUGAGAAAGAGGAGUAAGCGUCUUUCCCGUUCGAUUUCCCGUCACACUGAAGUUCGCGAUGAGGAGCUCGAGGAUUUGGAGGAAGAAGCUGAGGAGAAGAAAGUAAAGGGAGCAAGUCUCUUAGAUAUUCUGAAAUAUGCAAGGCAAGAAUGGCUUCAACUGGCAGUGGCUCUGGUCUUCGCAAUGGUCCGUGGAAUGACAUUCCCCGUAUUUUCAAUAAUUUACGGCCGAAUGUUCAGGACUUUGACGAGCGGUAGCGAUUCCCAGAAGCUGCAUGGUGCGACAAUGAACGCCAUAUGGUUUUCGGUAUUGGGCAUUUCAUCCGGUAUCAGCACUAUGAUUUCCGGCUAUCUUUUUGGGAGAGUUGGAGAAUCUCUCACGAAGCGAUUACGAUUAUCGUUGUUUACUAAUAUUGUAAAACAGGAUGGAGAGUAUUUCGACCAUGAAGAUCACGCAUCAGGAAAAUUAACUACUAGACUAGCGACAGAUGCGCCAAACAUCAGAGCGGUACCUUUUCAUAAUUUAACUAGGAUGCUCACAGGAGGUUAUAGCAAUCCCGCCUCGUUCCCUCAAUGGAUUCGUUGCUGCAGAAAUCGGGAUGAAAAAACACUAUGCCCAUGA